AUGUUCCUUUGCAAGGCUCUCGUGUUCCUUGUUGGGGCAGCCGCGGCAGUCCACGGUCUCGUGGUCCGCCAAACCGGCGGCGGCCAAAGCUACCCCGACUGUGACGGCCUCCAACGCAUCGAGAGUGUGCCAGACCACAUGAACUCUGGUGACAAGCUCUUCCGUUCGUCUGCACCAUACUAUCUCCACGAAGACAGCGACCAGAGAAUAACAGAGGAAACCAUCCGGUGUCUCCGGCAACUCGGAAUCACGCACGUCAUUUCGCUCAAUGGCGAGGCCGACAACCAGGCCAUUCGACAGGCCCUCCAGGACCAGGGCAUCGCCUACACGGCGCUGGCCACGCCCGACUUCCACGCUCCCACCGUGAACCAGCUACAGCAGGGCUGGGAUGCCUUCUACGGCCACCGCCAAGGCACGCUGGUCUGGUGCGGCUACGGAUGGGGCCGCACGGGGACCAUGAUCACGGCCUUGCAAAUGUACGCGCAGGCUGAACGGGGAGAGACGCUGCGGUGGACGCGCGAGCAGUAUCACAACGAAAACAGGGUGGAAGCAGACAACCAACUGGACAGGCUGGAUCAGCUGCAGGAGCAUUUACGCCAUAGACAGCCCCCCUUCCGUGACGAGACCGUCCCCAUGAAAGUCGACGAGCCACUUGUGCAGCGCGUCAGAGACGGCGACUUCAACGGAGUUGAUUGUCCCCAGGUUCUGGACCUGGCACUGGCCCUUUCGCUGCUUUCCAUCUCGGACAGGACCCCGAGAAGGAGAGCGUUGCCUGGGGAGGAGUGCAAGCAGGCUCAGGAGCUGUUUCUGCGUGAACAAUGCGGCGUGAGCGACUACAGCCGUCCGUCAGCCAUCAACCUCACGUCAGGGUCAGUCCAUGUCUUUUCCCGCAACGGCCAGGGCAAUCUCGUGGAGACGGCGUGGGAAAACGGCCAGUGGUGGCCGUACUGGAUCCGUCGAGACGGUUAUAUUGCCAGCCAGCCCGCCGCCAUGGUCAUCAACGACAACGCGCUCCGAGUCUACGCACGAAGCGGAUCCAACGAGCUCGUGGAGGGGGCAUUGAACGACGGUGCGUGGCAGUCCUGGAAGGGUCUCGGCGGAGAGAUUGCAAGCGCCCCUACAGCCAUCUGGCUGGGAGAAAGCCUAGGCGUCCGUGUCUACGCCCGCAACAAGGCCAACCACCUCGUGGAAAUCACAUACUCUGGCGGCAGGUGGUCAGACUGGGAAAACCUGGGAGGCGAUAUUGUCGGUGACCCCUCGGCCCUGUGGAUGGGGGACGACGUAGGCAUUCGCGUCUACGCCAGAAACAGGGCCGGCGAGCUCAUGGAAAAGGCCUAUCAGAGUGGCCGCUGGCACGAGUGGAAGAACCUGGGCGGCUCUAUUUCCAGCUCGCCGGCAGCCAUUGCUCUUGCACCUGGAGAUGUCCGCAUCUACGCACGCAACUAUCAGUAUGAGCUUGUAGAGCAGGGCACCCGGGGAGGCAACUGGCAGAACUCCUGGUCCGGCUUGGGUGGCGGCAAGUUUACCGGGUCCCCGGGGGCCAUAUGGAUGGGAGACAGGGGCAUACUGAAAUGUCCUCGGGGAGUACGACACCGAUCUUCCCAGCACCCUGAAACGACCACCAGAAUGCCGUUCCCGCCGAGCAUGUCGUGUCGUCGGUCCGCGACACGGACGAGACAGCUCAUAUCGGCCGUCAAAGCAGCGCCAGUCUCAUCAGACCAGACGCAGUCGCGGAGAAGAACGAGCGUCAGCACAACCAAGUCUGAGGUGUCUCGGAUCCCCAAAAGUCGCCUGCACGCAGACGGCAGCAAGUCAUCAGCGGCGAGGCCUCGCGAGUCACCACCAGGCGGCGCCACAGCUCCAGCCAAUCAACGCCCGCCACCGCCCCAGUCCAGUCAGCUUCCGCCGCGCCAGUCUGGUCGUUGCCUUGCGAGUUGCCGCACGCAGCUCGUCCGUCCGUUGAGCUACCACCAGCCACGACUCACGAUCCGACGACACACUCAGCCAGGCAGCUUCCACAAGCACCGUCACGAACCCCCCGUCAAGGCCUCACCCGCCAAGAAGCUCGACCGAUCAAUCUCCCCGCCCCCUGAGCGACUGCUCGGUUCGCAGUCCCUCACCCAGCAGCACAAUGUCGUCGCCCUUCUCCAUCAGUUCGUGAUUCCCCCCUCCCUCCGGGCCCCCGGCCUUCCAGUUCCUCGAACCCUUCCCCCCGUGCUGACGACUCUCUUCCCCCAAAAAGACGGCGGCGCCUGCGUCGCCAUGGUCGGCAAAGACUGCGUCGCCAUAGCCUGCGACCUCCGCCUGGGCCUCCAAGCGCUCACCGUGUCCAACAACUUCCCCAAGAUCUUCCAAUACGGCGACGUGUUCCUGGGGCUGACGGGCCUCGCAACCGACGUCAGCACCGUCGCCGACCUCUUCCGCUACAAGGUCAACAUGUACCGCCUCCGCGAGGAGCGCGCCAUCGCCCCCCGCACCUUUGCCAACCUCGUCUCGUCGUCGCUCUACGAGCGCCGCUUCGGCCCCUACUUUGUGUCCCCCGUCGUCGCGGGCCUGGACCCCAAGACCGGGAAGCCCUUCAUCUGCGGGUUCGACAGCAUAGGCUGCAUCGAUUUCGCAAAGGACUUUAUUGUUUCCGGCACCGCGUCCGAGCAGCUGUUCGGCAUGUGCGAGGGGCUGUGGGAGGAGGACAUGGGUCCCGAUGCGCUUUUCGAAACCAUCUCGCAGGCGCUCCUGAAUGCUGUUGAUAGAGAUGCCCUUUCCGGAUGGGGCGCACAUGUGUACAUCAUCGAGAAGGACAAGGUUACCAAGAGAUUACUAAAGGGCAGGCAAGACUAA